AUGAGCAGCCUCGCGUUGGGCCUGCUGGGGCCCUUUCCCGCGCUCCAGUAUGUGAACCUUGCAUUCUGCAAGCUCGGGCCGGCGGCCGCCGAGAGCCUCGGGCAGGCGCGUGGCGACGCCGCCGCCGCCACCGCCCGCCCCCGCCCUCCGCGCCCCCGAGCCGCGCUGCUCUACGCCUGCCAGCUCCGCGUCCUCGCCGUAUCCUUGUCCGAGCUCCCCCCCGCCGCCGCCCGCACGCUCGCCGCCGCCGCGCGCCGCCUGUCGCCGCCGCCGAAGCAGCCGCCGUCGCUUGAGUGCCACCUGCAGGCGGGGACGGUGCGGGUGGCGGGGGUGGAGGCUCUUGAGCUGCUGUUGGUGGAGGAUGAGGCGGCGCUCAUAGCAGAGGCCUGGGGUGACGUCACCGGGGGCCCGAGCUUCGAGCCCUCGCCGCCGCCCGCGGCGGCCGCCGCGGCCCCUGCUCCCCAGCAGCAGCAGCAGCCGCAGCAGCAGCAAGAGUUGCAGCAGCAGCAGCAGCAGCAGCAGCAGCAGCAGCAGCAGCCCGCGUGCGGCCCCUGCUGCGCCGACGCCGGCGACGGCGGCGACGGCGCUCCGCCCGGCCCGGCGCUGGGGCCGGGGCCGGGGCCGCGGCUGGCGCUGGUGGUCUGCCAGUCCGAGGCGGCGGCGUGCCUGGCGCGGGUGCCGGAUGUUGUUGGGGACAUGGACACGUUAGAUCUUUCUGGGCUGGGCCUGGGGAAUGCGGGGGCUUACGAGAUCGCACAGACCCUGGCCGGCGACCCCCCCUUGCGGCGUUUGGUGCUGGCGGACAACAACAUCGGCAUGGAGGGCGCCGCGGCGCUGGCGGAGGCGCUGCGCAGCAACGCGGCGCUGCAGGAGCUGGACCUGAGCAGCAACGAAUUCGACGACGCCGCGGCCGGCGCGCUGGCCGACGCCACGCGCGGCGCGCGGGGGCUGCGGCGUCUGGUGCUGCUCGGCAACAAGAUCCCCUUCGACCUGGGCACCCUGCGGCAGCUGAUGGAGGCCGAGGCGUCCAGCGGCCACGUGCACCUGGUGCUGGUGGAGGACCCGCGGGAGGUGCUGGAGCGCCUGGCAGCAGCACGCGCACAGGAUGGCGGCGCCGCGGGCGAGGAGGGCGGCGGCGCCGCUCAGCCGAGGGACGAGUACGCCAGGGCGGCCGAGUUCUUCGAGCGUCAGGAGCAGCACCGGUCGGCGCGGCGCGCGCGGCGGCAGGCGCGGCAGCAGCGGGCCGCGGCCAAGGUGGCGGCGGCGGCAAAGGCCGCCGAGAGCCAGCAGGCGGCGCCGGCGGCGGCGCCGGAGCUGCCGCCCGGCGCGGCGUGGCAGGCGCCUCCGCCGGACCGUCCUCGCAGCCCAUUUGCGGUUGAGGCACCGGCGCCGGCGCCGGCGUCUGAGGAGGGCGCGGCGGGGGCCGGCGGCGGCCUGGACCUCCGGGAGGGCAGCGGCAGCAGCGGCGGCUCGGGCGGCGGCGCUUCCGGCGGGUCGCCGCGGCGCGGCGCCGGGAGCCGCGCAUCGUCGUCGGUUGCUGACGAGGACACCUGCGGCAUCUGCUUCGACAAUGACGACCACGUGGCCAUCAAGUACUGGUGA